AAGAAUGAUGCAACCGGGUGUAUAUUGUAUAUGUAUGUACUACGUAUUAUCUUGUUAUUUAGGUACAUUAUUGUAUAUGGUCUUUUUAUAAAAAUAAAAUAAAAAAUAAAUAAAUAUUACAGGACAUUAGUACACAAAUUGACUACGUCCCACAGUAAGCUCAAUAAGACUUGUGUUGUGGGUACUUAGACAACGAUAUAUAUAAUAUAUAAAUAUUUAUAAAUACUUAAAUACAUUGAAAACACCCAUGACUCAGGUACAAAUAUCCGUGCUCAUCACACGAAUAAAUGCCCUUACCAGGAUUUGAACCCGGAACCAUCAUAGGCAGGGUCACUAUCCACUAGGCCAGACAGGUCGUCAAAAUAUAAUUGUUUUGGGUACCUAAUAUACAUCUGCAAAAUCCUUUUCCAAUAUGAAAUACUGAAAUCUCAAAGGAUGCUAAGACGAUGCUUACAGCGUGGCAUUCUGUAUUCGCUUAUUCCUUUGUAUUUUACUCUCGGUAGAUCCUCUCAACACCAACAAGUGAACGGAACGGAUCAACAAUACUAAGAUUCACAAAAUAUGUAAAUGUUUUGAUAACAGAUGUUUGCUUCAUCCUGUUAUAUGAAAUUCGAAUAAUAGAGUGUCAUGAUCAUGACAUAACCCCGAAUAUAUUUCCGGCCCACUAACACUCAGCGAUCACUCUCAAUUCGCGCCGACACAUUCAAUGUAAAUUACCUUCACUUCAACUAAGGACGCAUCUACAUAAAGCAAAGAGUCGAGGCGAGUAAGGAACAGUUCAGUGUCCAAACCAGAGGAAUGCAUAAAAUGUUGAUAGCAUUUUUAGAGCGGCCCUUCAAAAGUAGCUUAGUGUAAACGAAGCCUUACACUUUAACAGAGAGUGGGAACUCAUCUGAAGCACGUACGAACAAAGCAGCACUAUGAACGCAGAAUUUUAAUUUUAAUCGCAAUAUAUGAGCGUCACGAUAAACUUGUAAUACCUGCGCUCUGGCAUUCGUAUACCACGAGUUUCUCGCCGCAAGCCUUUGUGUCCGUUUUCAUUUAAAUCAAGCUUGUUUGAAUGGAUAACUUCAUUUGACUGGCGAUAAUUAGACAGUGAUCAACGAAUAAGCCGUUUUUGUGUAAUUACCAUGACUGCAAGAGCUCUCCGUCCAGUGUAACGUGAAGUGCAGUGUCGGGAAAGUAAUAAAAGAUGCAAGACGUGACUGUACACUUGUAAAUUGUCCGUGAUGUGAAAAAUAUGAAAUUUGGGCCUUUGUUAUAAGUGUAAAACUUGAUGAUGUGGAUAAAGUUUAGGUAACGGAACAUUAGAUUUGAGUGUAUUAGUAAAGGUGUAAUAGAAUGCGGGGUUUGUGCGAGUAGGGGUAGUUUGAGGAUGAGGAGCCGGAGCGUGUGACAGCACGCGCUGGGCGAGCGUCGAAUGCGGCGUGGCAGUGUAUACAGCGUCAGCGAGGGAGUGGAGCGGUGUGCCUGUGCCAGGUAGCGAGUGCGCGGGCGCGGGUGCGGGUGCAGCCAUGGCCGGCUGAUGGAGGCGGGCUGGUGGUCGCCGUCGCCGUCGGCCUCGCCGCCGCCGCCACCCCGCGCCCCGCCGCCGCGCUGCCGAUGCCGACACCCGCUUUCCACCAGCUACACCUGCCUGCCGCACUACGGUGAGACGAAUGGCUGGGCGACCGGCGUGGAGGGCGAGGAGGAGUCGACGGUGGGCGCGCUGCGCGAGCGGGAGCUGCGCUCGCUGCACCGCACCGUGCCCGCGCUGCGUCGGCGCGAGCUCGACACGCGCGCCAUCAAGCACCACUUCUACCCGGAGGGGGGUUGGGGAUGGAUUGUCUGCGGCGCCGCAUUCCUGGCGCACCUCCUGUCAACCGGGCUGCAGCUAGCGUACGGCGCGCUGCACGUCUACGCCCUCAAACAUCUCGGCCCCAACGCCGACCAUGCCGUAUGGGCGGGAGCAAUAUGCGUGGGAGUAUCUCGCGCCGCAGGCGCGAUGGUGGCGGGACGUCGACGUUCGCCACGGCUAGCCGCGCUGUUGGGCGGGCUGCUGCUACCGCUCGCCUGCCUGUUCACCUCUUUCGCGACGCAGUUGCACCAGACUAUGCUUAGCUACGGAGUGGUACUCGGGAUUGGGUGUGGACUGGUGAGGGAGGCAGCUGGCUUAGUACUCGGGGCGUACUUCCGACGGCGUCGGCAGUUUGUGGAGCUAGUGGCACACGCCGGCGGAGGCGUCGGCAUCGCACUCUUCAGCGUCGCGUAUAAGGAGGCAGUGGGGAAACUUGGUUGGCGGCUAGGCCUGCAGGCGAUCACUGGCAUACUGGUGCUAGCAUUUUUUCUUAGUGCUGUAUACCGAAGUGCAUCUCUCUACCACCCUCAACGCCGAGCUAUUUUACAUUUGAAAAACCAAAGACGAAAGGUAAAAGAAAAGAAAGGCAUGCGGAGGUCGACGCCGCUGAUCGAUCUAAGCCCUCUUAACUCUCGGCCUGCCAAAGUUUUGUUGCUGGCGGCUGGAGUGGCCGCGUUCGGACUUUACACUCCAGUAUUUUUUUUGGCCCUGCAAGGUUUCCAAGAGGGUUUGGAGGAGAGUGCGCUAGUACUCCUGCAAACGUUUCUGGGUUUCGCCGCAGUGCUGGGCUGCGCCGGCUUCGGGCUCGUGUUGGUGCGCCCGUCGGCACAGUGCCUCGUCUCCAAGCAGUAUUUGUGCCAAACUGCUAUGCUGGGCAUAGGCAUAUCAAUGCUCGCUUUAAGCAGCGUCGAGGGCUACCACGGAUACGUGUUGUUCGCCUGGAUGUACGGAUUGUGUUUGGGUGGUUAUCUUUACUCUAUAAAAAUGCUUACAAUGGAGCGCGUCAGGGGACGUCACUUCGCUAAAGUUUGGGGUUUCGUCCAAGGUGCAGAAGCUCUUCCUGUGAUAGUCGGUGUGCCGGUGACGGGAUACAUCAACCAGCAGGCGCCGCGAGCCGGCUUCUACUUCUCGACGGCCGCCACCCUCACCGGCGCUCUGCUGUUAUUCUUCGUGGGCUUCUCCAAGCGCGAGCCGGAGCCGCCGCCAGCGGCGCCCGCGCCGACCGUGUCGGAGGCGUGCCCGUGCGUGACGCCGCCGCGCUGCGAGCCGGCGUGGUGCGCGUGCGGCGCGGGCGGCGCUACGGCCUACUGCGCCUGGCCCGGGCCGUCGUGCAGCGCGCGCCUGCCCAAGUCCCUCUCCUACGCCGCGCCACUAGACCGUGUUUGCUGCUCGGCCGCCGCCUACCCCGAGUGCUGCCGCCGCGCGCCGCCGCUGCGGCCCUCGCGCAGCGUCCCUGAAGGCCUCGCCCGCCGCGGGAGCACUUGGAGCCGCGGCGGCUCCUAUCGUGCCUCCUGUCGCUGUCGCAGGCGGGAGCACCAUCUCAUAGAGCAGAUCACUACGUCGGUAUGAUCGUUCACUCAUUGAGUAGAUGCUCGUGAAUACGAUUAGUGAGAACUUGUAAAUAUUUAUUCUUUGUAGCUAAAGCUGAUAGUGGUUAGGAUAAAGCAAUAACGGGAUUGAUUAUAAUGUUGGAAGCAGUGCGAUUAUUGUAACUUAUUUGUCGACUUUUAUGUAUUAAGUUCACCAAUGCGCAGACAAGUAAAUUUUCAUUCCUGGUUCGAUCAAGAUAUAUAUUUUAAUGAAAUUGAAACAACUUAAACUUUUGAUCAUACUUAAGAUAUACAAAAUAUUUAUAUAAUUAUUAAAACUGAGUAUUUCUUGAAGUACUUGUGGGACCUCUAUCGUUAUGUAGCUCAUACGGAAAUAAUGUAAUGAAUACUCAUGUUUCAUCGAAUUUUAAUAUUUAAUCUAUGAUAUACUAAUAUCACUCAACUUUUGACCCUAUUCCUUUCCUGUCCAGUGUCCACGGCUAGCUAGAGCGAAUAUAGAUACAGGUAAAUUAGCCAGAGUUUCAAUCGAAUUCCUCACCAUUUAUUAAGUAGAUAUCAAAUGUACCUAGUUUAUUAACGAUUCUGAACAUAAAAAUACAUUUUAGUGUCAUAACUGUUUUACAGGACAUAUGGUUCUACAUUACCGCACUAGUGCGAUAAUUUGCACUUUACGUGUCAAGUGCCUAACAGCGUAAAACGAUAUACGAUACAUGUGCUAAUAGGUAAUUCACAACUCGUGUCGAUUUAAUUCAUCACUACUCGUUGCGAAUUUCCUGCUGUUCGCACUUGUAUCGUUAUGUACUAUUAACCUCAUUAAACAACAGCUGCCGUAGAUAUAUAUUUUAAGUUUACACUCUUCUUGCACUUUUUGAUAAGUUCAGUAUAGUACAUUACGAUACAAGUGCGAAAAAUAGGAAAUUCAAAAUGAGUGGCGAUAAAUUAAAACACGACCGAAGGGAGUGUUUUAAAUCGACACGAGUUGCGAAUUACCUAUUCGCACAUGUAUCGUACAACGUUUUACAGUACAUAUGGCCCUUUAAAUGUUUGACACAGUAACGUAAUAUGCUAAUUUGCGCACUAGUGCGGUAAAGUAGCACCAUAUGUACUGUAAAAUGUUAUUUUGCUUCAAUGAGUCUAACCAGCAAUAUUUCUUAACGAAUACUAAUACGAAAUUCCCAAAGAGUAGUUUUCUUUCAAUUUAUCUUUAUUAGAAAUGGUGAAGAGGCAGUUGUAACGCUUGCUGAUUUACUGCUAGGAGUAAGCAAAUGGAUAUAUCAAUAGAUCUUAUAACGGGAAACGCGAACAAAGUCAAUUUUAGCAAUUUGUGAAAUAACGUUUUUGACACGCGGCUCGGUAUGUGUUAGAAAGUUAUUUUUUCGUUAUUAUUAAGUAAUUAAAAUACUUUAUUGUUUGUUAAUCGUAGAAUGUAAUGAUCGUUUAUAAUUUGUGCUGUUACGAGGAUUGUUAUGUUUUUGUACCAAAGCGUGUUUUACAAUUUUGGUGGUGAAUAGAAAAGUUAUUAAAGAAAUUAGCAAUAUUA